AUGCUGCAAGCUGGCUGGAUUGGCUGCCCCACAGUCCCCGAUGCGGUUAACGCGGAAAAGUUCAAAAUUCCGUCCCAAGACUUCAACAGCAUACUCUCCACUCUGCACAACCCCAAUCCAGCUCACCACUUGGUUGAUCUGGACUUCAGCACUGCUUUCAGCAACCGCUCGAGUUCUCCUGCUACCGCCAACAUUUUGGCCCAGGACUCUUCAGUCUUCACCACGGAUCCCCAAUCAACAUGGCUUCCCAACUCCCCAUCCAGCCUGCCGGCACCGUCCGCGCAUCCUUGCCAGAGCCCUGUCGAGAACCAGCAGGAUUUUGUCUUGUUCGACAAUCCGCAGCCUCGUCAAGCCCCUAAUCGUUGUUCGGCUUCACUGUCCUGCCAGCGCAGUCACUCGCAUCGCAAUCGCAAAGACAAGCUAGUUUCCGCAGCUGUCCAUAAUUCGCGAGUGGCCCAAAUACUCCAGGCCAUUGGGCAUUCAUCCUCGUCUUCUGUUCCAGCAACCGGUUUCGCCAACCAGUUUUACGCUUCGUCGGCUCCAUCGUCUUCUGUUUCUCUGAAGCAACAUCAGAGACCUCGCAUCACUCGACCUCCUGUACCCUUGUUUGACCAGAGAGCGGGUAGUACUCCAACAUCCGCCAAGAUGAUGAACGCUGCGGAUGUUGACCUGGGCGACUUUCCCGCCUUUGGAGGUGGCGACUCGACGGGUUUCUGCUCUCCAGCGGUUGCUCCUGUUCUAGACUUCCAUGGCAACAUGUCGAGCUCUACUUCCACUCUGGGCACUGUCUCGCCACAUGAUCUUUUCAUGCAAGACCCCUUCAUGUCGGCGCCCAACUCUGCGGCUUUGACGGCCUUGACCUCUCCGUCCAUUUACAACGAGUCUCCGGACGUGGACGGAUUUGAUGUCUCGCCGAACUUUGGAAGUGCCGAGUUUGACGGGUCGGGCGAUCCAUGGUAUCCGCUGUUUCCUCAGGAGCCUGCCGCUAGCGGCCGUGAGGCGACGGACGCGGAGGAUUCGCCGGGCACCAAGUGCGAUGACGUGGACUCUGUGGGAACCGGCUCUGGCGGCGGCAGCGGCAGCCGCAGCAAGGCGGGCAACUCGCCGGCCAGCGGUGGCCGCCACUCUUCGGUUGCCGGCGUCAGCUCGCGCAAGCGAGACAAGCCGUUGCCGCCCAUUGUCAUUGAUGAUCCCAACGACAGCGUCGCCAUGAAGCGAGCGCGCAACACCCUGGCCGCUCGAAAGUCGCGUGAGCGCAAGGCGCAGCGUUUGGAAGAGCUCGAGGAGCGCAUCGCGGCGCUGGAGGCUGAGCGUGACCACUGGAAGAAGAUGGCUCUGUCGCACACUGGCUGCUCGCACUGA